GCAUAUGCAAGUUAUCACUGUUGUAUAAUGUUUCUUUUAUUUUCAUUAUAUGAGCCUAUGUGCACUAUUUCUUACGAAGAGGAAGUCGGAUGUAAAAAUGUUUAAUGUGUUGUCUGGCCCGAAAAGGCACCAAUUUCAAAGAUUGUUGCACUAGGCCACGUACAAAUUUUCUACAAAAGCACUUGUCGAGGAAAAAAUAUGUUGUGGAACUGAGUUAACUUAUUUGAGGGUAGGACGUAUCUAUAUUAUUAAGGUAUUUCUUAGUUAAUUGACAACCUCUGAAGACGGACAUUCCGAAUAUCUAUGUUAACUCUGACGUGCCCAUACUCGACUGUCGAUAUGUAAACAAACCACAUGCAAUGCUCCGGAAGUGGAUAUGGAAAGGAUUAUAUUUGACAGUUAUUUAAGCUGUUUUUAAAUGUGUGUGAAUUAGUAAACACUUGAUUACAUGAAUUUGACGAAAAUAAUGUGAAAUCGGCAACAUAUUGUCCUUCCCGAUUGUCGGGUUUGCUUGUAAUUACAGAAUAUGGUGCAUUGACGUUGAUUGUUCCAUUCUGAUCGCGAACCGACUAAAAUUCUAAAUACUACUGAGCAUCGCAAAACCUCACCCGAUGUUAAUGAGGCAUAAAAGACAUGUAGUGGUACAAGUCUUCCUUAACUAGCAGAGUGUGACAAAAGCCACAAGAGUAAGUCAGGUGAUAUCAACGGUCCAACAUGGAAAAGAAAACUCAGUCAAAAGUAUCCAAGAAAAGCAAUCCUGUGCAAAAACAGAAGGUUAGCCGAACUAAGAUAAUGGGUGUGAAGUCGCGAGUGAAGGCUGCUCCUCUCAAACAAAAAACUGCUGUUGCAAUGAUGAAAAAUCAGGGAAAGAGUCGCCCAGCCCCAAUUCCAGAGCCCGGCUUUGCCAUGUAUUCUACAGAUUCUGAGGAAGCAUUUUCAUUCAGCAACGAAAAAGAUACGUGUGCUAAAGUUCUUACCAUGCUGAGAAAGAAAUCUAGAGUUGACACUGACAACAGGAGGCCGGGAAGCUCCGGUAACCCCGCAGGGAAACCAGGCUCUGCUGAAGCUACCAGUAGACCAACAGUAGACGACAACUCUGCACGUCCUCCUAUAGUUAUUCCUUGUGUGACUAAUGAUGAUGUCCAGCCGACUCCUGGUUAUGUGUCAGCUAUGUCUAUCUUGGGGAACACCCCCUUUAACAACAGACUGGCAUCAUCCACACCAGACCCUGACCGGCCCCAGAUCAUACCAGAGAGGGAUACCAAUUCUACAAAUGUGGUUCCUUAUGAAGCCUACAGUAUAGGGACCACUACACUGGACAUUCAAAAGGAGCGCUAUUUUCAAAGAAUGAAUGACCAAUUCUUCAGUAGUCAUGGACCUAAAUCGGUCAUACCUCACAGCGGGAAUGGUGUGUACAUAUCCCCAAGUCAAGGUUUCCAAGUAACCAACAAUGAUCAAAAUGAGGCCAAAGGUUUAGACAAACGUGACAGUGACAUUGGAGCCUUUCAGGCAUAUAUACCAAGGGAGUCAACAGGGUUUUCAACUGUGCCAGUUAAUGCUGCUGGAAAUAUGCCAGAGCAUGUUUGUGCAACACAAGGGAACAACCAAUCAGGUAGCUCUGGUGAUAAAAGCAGAACCUCACUUCUUCAGACCACUGGAAACAGCAGUGGCACAGAGUACAUAUACUUACCUAGACCGGUAGCUAACUCGGAUAUAGAUGACCGAAAUAUCCCACCAGGAUUUCAGUUUCAAAAUGGUCUUUACCAGAUCCGGCCACAUGGCCCCAUGACAGCAGGAGCCCCAGGUGAGGAAAGACAAAUACACAAUGCUCAACUCAUACCUGUUACUUCAACUUCUACCAAUCCACCAAACCAGGCCCAUUUACAUUCAAACCACAGAUCCCAUAACAACUAUAUUUGGGAAAUACCUGAGAGAGAUGACAGUGGACCAUUGAAAUCUCCCAGACGAGGUCAUGUGAUCAAGGAUACUGUUCCAGACACUAUAUCAACAAUUGAUGGAUCUGUUUCUGGUACAAACACAUUUCAGAACCUUACCCCUCGUAGUACAGUCUCUGAAAGCAGCAACACAUUUCCUCCAGCAAACGAGUCAAAAGGUCAGAGUUUCAAUGAAAAGUCAAAGGUAACAGCAGAUUUAAAAACCAGACAAAAUGUUAAAGGUGCAAAAGGAAACUCUUUAUUAAAUGAUUGCAGUGAAAAUACAACAGGUUCUUUUCAAACACAGUCUUCAAAAUUUAGUGCAGAAAAUGCUGGAGGUUGUAAUGGUACAUCAUCAGCUGGGACUCUGUACCAUCUGAUUCACACAGACAAAGGCAAAGAACUAGUGCCUGUGUCCUUAGUACACUACCCAAGCUUAGCACAUAUCCCUGGGCCAGAACAUCACGAUGGCAAAGGUCAGUGUCACAAUACAAGCAGUCAGGGUCAUGUUCCGCCAAACAUUGAUAUUCCUGUGUCUGUGCUGACAAGUGAAGCUGAGUUGGCAGGCCUCACACAUCAGAGCUCUGCUGUAAAGCGUCAGGACAGUGUUGCUGGACAGCCCAAUCCCUGGAGUGGAGUGAGACUAGACGCUGGUAUGAAGAGAGUCCGAUACUUGCUGGGAGAGAUGAAAGAAUGUGGUAAAAUAAACAAGGACAUAGAGAUUGGUCGCCUGGCAAAGGAAAUAGAAAAGUCACUGGAUUCCACUCCCCAACUAAGUGCUACAUUCAGUCUUCAGGCCGAGAUAGAUUUGGCUCUACAACCACUCCGUAACGAGAAUGCACAGCUUCGCAGGAAGCUUCGACUGGCAAACCAAAAUGUGCGAGACCAUGAACAUGAGAAGGAGAAGGCAACAGUAGGUGUGAAUUUUGAUGUGCUACACUUACAGGCAAGUAACUCAGGGCUACAACGUCAGGUGAAGGAGGAAAUGGAGGACAAGGUGAAACUGGCUUCAGAGGUUGCCAAUCAACAUAAUGAGAUACAGCGUCUAAAGGUGGAAAGGAACAAACUUCUAGCUGCUCUUAGUGAAAAGGAAACAGAUGAGCUGAAAGUCAAGCAGGAAUGCUUGGCAGAUGCCCAACAAUUCCGAAAGGAGGUGGAGGCAAUGAAUCGCCAGAUAGAGGCCAUUCAACUUCAACAGGAAGCCUCAGACCAGGAAAAUCACAUUCUUCAUGUAUCACUGGAACAGAGGGACAUAGAGAUCAGUCGACUGCAGGACACAGUCCAGGAGAUGAAGACCAGUGUGAGUGAGCUGAUACAGGAGUUAGACCAUGUGGGGGAUCGUAGCUUCACCAGUAACAACAGCUUCGGGCUUCAGAAACUGCUGCAAGUCCUUGGAGGGGAACAACAAAUAUCACGACCUCCCCGAGGUAUUCUGACACCAGCCAAAUCUCAAAAUACACAGAAAUUCCAAGGGUCAGGAGGUCCAGUGAAGAGCCUUAGGUUUGAUCCGAGAGAAAUGGAGAGUUUUGCUAGACCUGCCAAACUAACGGAACAGGCCCUGGCCAGCCAUAACAGAUCACUGGAACGAGAGCAAAACAAGGGAAACAACUCUGAUACAGAAGUUGACUUCACUCUGAAUGAGUAUGUAGGAACCAAAGGAAAAGUGUUGCCACGACAACGCAGGCGGAGCAGUUCUCCUCAGGGACGACAACAGUCAAAAGAAAAUAGCCGCAGACGGGCCUUGAGUUCAUCUCCACGUCAAGUUGAACGACUCUCUCUGAUUGGCUCAGAGCUAAAGGAAGGAGACAAAUCAUUGGUAGAUACAUUUGCAGCCCAAAGAAUGGUUAAAACUUCAGAUGAUAAAAGAAGAAAACAAUGCGAUGAACAAGGUUCACAGAAUAGAGUUGGUUACCAUGGAAAUGGAUCAGGCCAUCAAAGAAUUCAGGCAAGUAACUUUGACUCAAAUCUUUCUGAUGCUGAACAGUCCCGAUACAGCGUUACAGAUUACUUCCAAAAAUAUCACACUCCUCCAGCUAACGAUGAUAGAGGUCACUCCAGUCAUUCGUGGUCGAGUCAUAAGAGAGCGUUAAGUCAGCCAGCAGGGCUGGUGCUAGGAAGGACAGGUCAGCCCACGUUACACUCCGACAAACACCCUGUAGACUACAGUGCUACCAGAUUUACAAACUCUCAGCGCGAAAAAUCUAACUGGAAACACAUCCCUGCAACAACAUUUGGUAUGCAGCAAAGAUCACCAAUUGAUUCACAGGAAAAGUCUGCACAGGAUAGACUGUAUCGGGGAACAACACUUGAUGUUUCUAUCAGUGCUAUAGAUGACGAUAACUUCUCUAGUGUGUCCAGCUCGGAGAAAACUUUAUCCACAUCGUCAACCAUCACAGACAAGACAUUUCGCAAGGGCAUAGCCACUUUAGAUGCAAAUAUCCUCAAAUUACAAUUAGCUUUACAAAGGACUAAAAGCAUGUUAUCAUAAGAUAUUAUACUUACCAGAAGUAGAGAAUUAUAGGUAGUUAAUUGUUCAAAGUGGUUGUACAGACCCUUGUUUAUGCUUUGUAUAAUGUGCUAAUUUAUAGGUAUUUAGUCCCAAAACUAUUUUUAUAUGUUGCUUUGAUACAACUUAUGUGUGUCAUUAGUUGAAUUUUACAACUGUUGACCCAUCUUUCAGUAUAAUGUAUUUAUAUUAGGUGCUGGUUAGAUUUUGAUAUAUAUAACUAUUAAGGGUUUAAAUUUACUAACCCUCAUUAUAGCCCUAAAAUUGAUGAAUUCACUCUACAUGAAGUUAGGUAAACUGUCUAUCUGUAUGUAAAGUUAGGUGAAACAUCAAUCUGUAGACAAAGUUAGUUAUACUGUCUAACUAUAGACAAGUUAGAUAAACUGUUGGUCUAAAGCCAAAGUUAGUUAUACAGUCAAACUAUAGACAAGUUAGAUAAACUGUUGGUCUAAAGCCAAAGUUAGUUAUACAGUCAAACUAUAGACAAGUUAGAUAAACUGUUGGUCUAAAGCCAAAGUUAGUUAUACAGUCAAACUAUAGACAAGUUAGAUAAACUGUUGGUCUAAAGCCAAAGUUAGUUAUACAGUCAAACUAUAGACAAGUUAGAUAAACUGUUGGUCUAAAGCCAAAGUUAGUUAUACAGUCAAACUAUAGACAAGUUAGAUAAACUGUUGGUCUAAAGCCAAAGUUAGUUAUACAGUCAAACUAUAGACAAGUUAGAUAAACUGUUGGUCUAAAGCCAAAGUUAGUUAUACUGUCACAGUGAGGUAAAAUGUCAAUCUGUAGACACAGUGAGGUAAAAUGUCAAUCUAUAGACAAAGUUAGCUAUAAUGAAAUAUCAUUACCUUCAAUCCUUUGUAAUUUUGUAUGUGUAUCUGGACUACAUAAAGUGGUUUUUGCCUUUUUAAGAAAACCUGUCACUCAUAAGUUUUAAAUUCAGUUUCUGAAGUUCCAGUGUUUGAUAAGGGGGUAACGUAUCUAGGUUCUGCAGUAUACAUCUAAAAGGUCAUUUAUCAAUAGGAAUAAGUUGUAACAAAGCAAGGAUCAUGAGGAAAAUUGAAAAUGAAAGAAAAUGUGCCUAUUCUUUUGCAUGCAAAUUUAUGUAAAUGUAUACUUAUAGAUAAUGUGUUUUUGUAUAAUUUGUGAAUAUACCAAUCAACCAAUACAUACA